AUGGACACAGCCAAUGUAUCAAUGGUGCAGAACUUCUUCUUUACAGAACUGUCUGAUCUCCCGGAAGUACAGAUUUUCCUCUUUGUAAUGAUUCUGCUGGUCUAUUUGAUUACUUUAGCUGGAAAUGGUGCUAUCCUUGUGGCAAUAGGGACAGACAAUCACCUCCAGACUCCCAUGUACUUCUUCCUCAGUAAUUUAUCUUUGCUGGAUGUUCUUUGCCCAACUGUCACAGUACCAAAGAUGUUGCAGAUUUUCUUGUCAGAGGACAAGACCAUCUCAUUUGCUGGCUGUGCAGUACAGCUAUUCUUUCUCAUAGAUAUUGUAGGCACUGAAAUUUUACUCCUAGCAGUGAUGGCAUAUGACCGCUAUGUGGCAAUAUGUAGUCCUUUGCAGUAUACAACCAUCAUGAGUAAACAACUGAGUGCUAAGUUGGCUGCUGGGACCUGGGUAACUGGAAUUAUCAACUCCUUGGUUCAUACUUCCUUAGCCUUUACACUAUCUUUCUGUGGGCCCAAUAAAAUUGACCAGUAUUACUGUGAUAUUCCCCCAGUGCUUGCCCUUUCUUGUUCUUCCACCUAUCUUCCUGAACUAGUCCUUCUGCUUGUGGCUGGUAUUAUAGGUAGCAGUGCAUUUCUGAUCACGCUGAUCUCUUAUAUCUAUAUAAUUUCUACUGUUUUGCACAUGCCAUCCACAGAAGGCAGACAGAAAGCCUUUUCCACUUGUGGAUCCCACUUGACUGUAGUUUGUUUAUUCUAUGGAACCACCAUGUUCACCUAUGGACGACCAACUUCAGCUUAUUCACCCAAGCAAGAUAGGGUUGUUUCUAUGCUCUAUGGGGUCAUCACUCCCAUGUUAAAUCCCAUGAUCUACAGUUUGAGGAAUAAGGAUGUUAAAAGGGCCUUGGUUAAAACAUUCAGCCUGAAAUUUUUUUUCUAG